CCCUCGUCACUAAUUACACCCUUGACGUGCUUAGUCCGCCCGUGAAUCACGCCCACGCCCGCCACGAAGAAGGUGCGGGCUCGAGAGGGCGAUUCUGUGACUCUGACCUGUAGGACUCGAGGCCACCCACGCCCCCAGGUUGCGUGGGUUGGCGACCAAGGGAAAGUCCUGACGGAGGAAGAGAUGGCAAGGAGUGGCUUCGACCUGCAGGAGGAAGGGGAGUCCCUCGUGGUCAAGAAGGUGGACGGGGCUCACGAAGGGCGUUACACCUGCAUCGCCUCCAACACGGCUGGGUCUGCCGAGGAGACCUUCAACAUGCAGGUCUUGUUGCCCCCUGUGAUUCAGAUUCCAGAGCAAGGGGCAGUGUUAGGCGUAGUACAAGGUUCCUCUGUCACACUCACCUGUAUCGUGGACGCCAGACCCCCAGCCACGCUGUCAUGGCAAAAGAAUGGACAAACUCUAGACAGCAACCGAGACCCCUUCCUACACGUAACUGCAGGAGGUGAAUCUCUAAGUUUCCUGAGAGUGCAGCCACAACACGCUGCUAACUACACCUGCGUUGCCUCCAGUGCUGCGGGACAGGAUUCUCUUACUUACGAUCUCAAUGUGAAUGUCCCACCCGUGAUCAUUGAGGACAUGGUAGAAAACGUGCUAGGAGGCGGCGUGGGCGGAGACACUAUGGGCAUCGUCGGCGGCGAGGUGGACCUGGAGUGCUACACCAUAGGCACGCCCACGCCCACGCUCUCCUGGGAGAAGGAUGAGGAGGGAGUCGAGCUGAGUGACCGCAUCUCGCUGCUCGAGAACGGCCAGGUGUUGAGGCUCAAGUCGGCCAUUACUGAGGACUCGGGGCGCUACACCUGCACGGCCUCGUCUCCUUCAGGAUCGGCGUCGAGGGACUUCGUUGUCGUUAUUCAUAGUCCCCCCCGGAUCAUCCCCCCGCGAGAGACAAACCUCGAAGUGGUUCUGCACCAGCCUGUCGCCCUGACGUGUGAGGCGGAGAGCUCGCUUACUCCCGCCGUGUCGUGGUCUCGGCACGGUCGACCAGUCACGCCCUACGUCGAUCCGAAUCUCCAGGUGAGGGCAGGGGGUCGGGAACUACACUUGCGCCGAGUACGUGAAGGUGACGGGGGCGCCUUCACCUGCAUCGUGAUGAACAGCGCGGGACAGGAUACCCUCACCUACACUCUCACUGUACAGGUGCCGCCCGUGAUCCAGCGCGCCAACGUGAGACGGCAGGUGGUGGGCGUGGCGGGUCAGUCGACGGACCUGCUGUGCGAGGCGACCGGCAACCCCCCGCCCACGCUGGCCUGGACGCGAGGCAACACACUCAUCACCCCGGAACACCCUCAUUACCAGGUCAUGAACGGGGGCGCCAGGCUUCAGGUCCGGGAGCUGACACGGGAGGACACGGGCGUAAUAACGUGCACAGCUACGAAUCCAGCGGGGAAAGAUACCCUCAGUUACACACUCCAGGUUUAUGUUCCCCCAAGUGUCGACGAGGACGCAGCCAAGGAGAUGACAGUGAAGGAGGGAAACAGCGUGGUAUUGGAGUGUCCUGUCACAGCCUUCCCUGCCCCUUCGAUCCUGUGGUCCGUGGGCGGCACCGUCGUAGGCCACGGCGGGCGGCGGAACGUGGAUCUGGGCUCGGACGGGCGUUCCUUGAGGAUCGUGCGGGCGGGAAGCGAAAACGCGGGCGUCUACACCUGCACUGCAUCCAACACUGCAGGCGUGCUUGAUGUCGAGGUUGCUCUGCGGGUCUUGGUCCCCCCCCAGAUCGCCAGAGGAAAUGGGCGUGGCCAGGUGGCGGACGGCGAGGAGGAGCUGGUGGCCGUGAUGGAAGGAGGUCACGUGGCCCUCCAGUGCAUUCUGCUGAAGGGGACGCCGACGCCGACGAGGCAGUGGUUCGUGGGGCCAGAGCUCGCCGAGCCGGUUCAUACUGUGGUCGGCAACGGAGAACAGCUGGUGAUCACACGAGCAGAGGAAGAGGACUCGGGUCAGUACAGGUGCAUAGCGGAGAAUCCAGCUGGUUCGGCCAUCAAGUUGUACCAACUGGUUGUCCAGGCGGCUCCGAGAAUCAACGUGACUGCAUUGCCUCCUCACAUCACAGUGCUCUCUCCUGGUGAUACAGGGUCGGGUCUAUUACCUGCUGACGGCCGGCCACGUCACAGCCACGUCAGCGCAUCAGCCACUUCGUCAGAGGACCAGACGCUCAUUCUCACCUGUCCGGUUACAGGAUAUCCUCCUCCUCGACGCCUCUGGUACCAGGGAUCGCAGGCUCUCGUGUCCUCCUCAAGAGUCCUCGUGGGGACUGGAGGGCGUGACCUGACCUUGGUGGGCGUAGGACCCAGGGACGCGGGAACGUACGUGUGUGUGGCUGUGAACCCUGCAGGAGAGGCUCAGCUGAGUACUGCUGUUGUGGUCGUUGCUCGUCCGGAACUCGAAGGCGAGGCUGAAGUCGAAGUCGCAGUCGUGGAAGGCCAGGACGUCAGUUUCGAAUGCAAGGUCAAGACGAACGGGCGCAGUUCGGCCGCCCACGCCCCGUACAACAUCACGUGGAUGAAGGAUGGGCAGGCGCUUCCUCGCAACGAGGUCCCGCAGACGAGGUCCUUUGAGCGCCUGCUGAUGGGUCGCCGACCGCUCCCUCCGUUGGAUUACUACUACGAGGGCGAGGAAGACUUCAGCUACGCCGAGGACGUGUCCCUCCUGCUGCAGGACUACCUCGAAGGAGUGAGUGCGGAGGCCACGUCGCCCCCGGCCACAACCCCCGAGCCCACGGACGCCAGCGGGGAGGCGCCUCUAGACGGGUGGCGGGAGUGGCGCGGCGGCAGGAACGGGACGACGCGCUACCACACCUUCGGCGGCGGAACCAGACUCAGGGUGAGCCGCGUGACGGAGCGCGACGAAGGGGCUUACACGUGCGUGGUGACCAACCUCGCCGGCGCCACCACCAGGACCUUCCAACUCGACACGCUAGUGCCCCCGGACAUCGACACCAUCCAGGAGGUGAAGGACCACGAGGCAGCCGUCGGGGAACCUGUCGUGUUCGAGUGCGACGCCCGUGGAGAUCCGCCCCCUGAGGUGACGUGGUAUCGAGGGUCGGCUCCGUUGGAACACCACUCUCGUUUGCAACUACUGGAGGAAAACCAUGUCCUUAUCAUUACGUCUAUUCAGGAAGGAGACGGCGGAGAGUACACGUGCCUGGCCACCAACCUCGCCGGCCUGAUGGAGGAGACUUUCCGACUGCACGUGUUAGUACCUCCGCGAAUAGCAGGGGGCGAGGAGCAGGCCGUGCCAGUGGUGAGCGGCAGAUCUGUGGAGCUCGAGUGCGAGGCUCAAGGACAACCUGAGCCCGACCUCAUCUGGACCUUCGAGGGAGAACCUGUUACGGAAAGCGAGGACCUGGUCCUCGACGGUAACACUUUGAUCAUUGAUAGAGUGAAACUGUCUCAAGCUGGAGUCUACGAGUGCGCGGCCACGAACUCGGUCGGUCAGGAUGCCAGGCGCUUUGUUGUCAGCGUCACAGAGGCUCCCUUCAUCGCGGGCGGGCUGGCCGAGGAGACGAUCACGGUGGUCGAGGGUGAGUCUGCCGCCCUUCACUGCGUCGCGUCAGGUCACCCGGAGCCGCUCGUGACCUGGAUGAAGGAGGGCGUCGGCAUGCGGAUGGACGAGCGCGUGAGUGUGUCGUGGGGCGGGCGGUCUCUCCUGCUCCAGUAUGUGGGCGAGGAAGACUCCGGACGAUACACCUGCGUCGCGUCCAACCUCGCUGGGAACCACACCAAGGAUUUCCGCGUCCAAGUCCUGCGUCGCCCGCAGCUGGUCGAUGCACCUGAGGAAGUGGUAGCAGUGGUGGGCGAGAUCGUGAACGUCGUGUGUGCCUUCGAAGCUUAUCCGCGACCCAAGAUCAGCUGGCAGUUCGAAGGCGCCCCUGUUGACGGCGAGGAUAGCGUGCUACCCUCAGGAGUCCUUCAGAUAUCCCCCGUGGGUCCCGAGCAUGCGGGGAACUACACCUGCUUCGCUAACAACGAGGCGGGCAGUGCCAACCACACCCUCACCCUCACUGUGCAAACCCCGCCGUGGGUCGAAGUGGGUCAGGCGCGGAAGGUGGUGGUGAGCGGCGAGAGCGCGACCCUGGAGUGCAAAGCCGGAGGCGUUCCCGCGCCCACCAUCACCUGGCUCAAGGGACACCAGGUCGUGAGUCGAGGAGUUGAAUUCGAGCCGGAUGAAUCAGGCUCUCUGUACGUACCUUUCGUGACACCCGACUUGGCUGACACAUACGUAUGUACGGCUCGGAGCUCUGCAGGAUCAGCACAUGCACACACGGAGCUGGUGGUACAAGAGUCUCCUGUGGUCUUCGGCGCCGAGGACGAGGUCGUCGCCGCGGUAGGUCAGCAGGUCGUCCUCAGGUGCGAGGUGUCAGGGCAGCCCACUCCGGCCGUGACCUGGACGCGACCCAACCACGCCAACACGCCCGUCACGCCCGAAGACCCGCGUGUACAGUUGACGGACGACUCUCUCAUCAUCAUGCCGGUCGCCGUGGAGGACAUGGGCCUCUACCAGUGCACAGCGACCAACCCAGCCGGCCAAGACAGCGCCUUCAUCACCCUCACCGUGCACUCUCCUCCGUCAGUCAGCGAGCCCCUGACGGAAUUCGUCAACGUGGUCCGCGGCGAACCCCUUACCUUAGGGUGCACGGGCGCCGGCUACCCUCCCCCCCGCACCACAUGGAUUAAGGAAGGCCGCACCCUUACUGAGAAUGCCGCCCUCACCCUAGCGACGACCGGCGACCUCGUUAUCUCCAACACUAAGGCCUCAGACUCCGGUUUAUACAUCUGCCUCGUGACCAACGCUGCAGGCCGUCUGUAUCGUGAGGUAACAGUGGUCGUGCAGGUUCCGCCUCGCUUCUCGGUCCUGCCACGCACCCAGCAGGUCACGCGCGGAGACAGGUUCGAGCUUGAUUGCGAGGCUGUUGGCACUCCUGUUCCGACCAUCAGGUGGCUCCUUAAUGGCACUCAGGUUGCGGGCGUGGGUCAGUCCCGAGGGGGGAGGGGGAUCCUCGUGGUGGAGAAAGCAGCCAAGACGGACGAGGGAACGUACACCUGCAUCGCCGAGAACGCAGCGGGUCACAGGAAGGCCGUCGCGGGCAUCAGGGUCAAAGUUCCGCCCGUGAUCAUGUACGCCCCCGAAGAAAUGACCGUCCUGGAACUCAACGCCGUGACCUUGACCUGUGUCGCUGAGGGUGACCCCGCCCCCGCCACCACCUGGACCAAGGAAGGUCAUUCUGUUCACUCGUCUGACCGGGUGCAUCUCAUGGACAACGGGUCACUGGUGAUCGACUCGUCGCAGGCCUCCGACGCGGGCGAGUACAAGUGCGUGGUGAGCAACGACGCGGGCGCAGCGGAGGCCACCGCCCACCUCGUGGUCCACACCCCGCCCAUGCUCACGCGCCCGCCCGUCAGCAAGGUGGUGGAAGUGGGGGGCACCGUCGUGUUUGACUGCGAGGCGGAGGGAUCGCCGCUCCCCGAGAUCCAGUGGAGUGUGAGUCCCGGGGAGAUGCACGUCAGGUACAUCCGCCUCACCAACGGGUCCCUACAGCUUAUAGCGGCCCAGAUCGAGGACGAAGGUCACGUGAUCUGCCAAGCCUACAACGAACUAGGAGAGGACCUCGCCAAAGCUGACCUCAGUGUCAAAGUGUCGGGCAUGUGGGCCUCGUGGGGUCCUUGGACGUCGUGCAGCGUAUCUUGCGGACCGGGCCAGCAGACGAGGCGCCGGCUGUGCAAUGCCCCUGCCCCACGACACGGAGGCGCCCCCUGCCCUGGAGACGAGGCCCAUACCCGACCCUGCCGACCUCAGCCGUGCCCGCUCGAUGGCAACUGGUCACCGUGGGAUCCUUGGGGCGAGUGCAGCGUGACGUGUGGUUCGGGCGUGAGAGUGAGGACGAGGUACUGCUCGGCCCCCGCCCCCCUGUAUGGUGGUCGUCCCUGCGAUGGAAAUGCCGCCGAGGAGGACCCCUGUUCCCUGAGGGACUGCCCAGUGUCCGGAGGGUGGGGCGAGUGGACGGCGUGGUCCGACUGCAGCGCCACCUGCGGCCAGGGCCUCCGUCAGCGCACGCGUCUCUGCGACUCGCCUCCUCCUGCUGCCGGGGGGGCGCACUGCCAGGGGGACGGCCUCGAGGUCACGCCCUGCUCCAACCCGCCCUGUCUGCUGGACGGCAACUGGGGCACGUGGGCGGCGUGGAGUGUGUGCAGCGUGUCGUGCGGCGGGGGCGUGAGGCGGCGGGAGCGGGCGUGUGAUGACCCUCCCCCCUCACACGGCGGAAGAUACUGCCCCGGCUCAAACAACCUCGAGGACUACUGCAACCUGGACAUGUGCCCCGUCAAUGGCGGCUGGUCGUCGUGGUCGUCGUGGGGGUCGUGCACGGCGACCUGCGGCGGCGGCCAGAGGAGGCGCUUCCGCACGUGCGACAACCCGGGUCCGUCGCAGGGUGGGCGGGCGUGCACGGGGCCGGACACCGACUCGGAGGCCUGCAACACGGCCAAGUGCCCCGUGAACGGCGCGUGGGGUUCCUGGAGCGAAUGGUCACCGUGCAGCAUGACCUGUGGCCUCGGAAUGCGGGUCAGGUCACGACUUUGCAACAACCCCUACCCUGGCUUCGGUGGCGCCCCUUGUCUAGGAGAGGAACGCGAGACCACCAGCUGUGAGGGCGACACGUGCGAGGUCCUGCCCACGCUAGCCAAGGGGACGGUCAUAGGCGAGCUGAACGGGGAGGACCUGGGUAUCGUGUCCCUAGUCUCGAACGUCAGUACCCUGGGCAUGCAGCGUACCGUCACCACCAGAGUCAGUCCUCUCAUUCCAAAACACGCCACUUGGUUGACCCCGCUGCUAGCUGUUGCGUCCCCCGUAUACUGGACCUCGGCUUAUGAGGUCAACGGCGCCGCCAAUGGACACUCGCUCACCAAGGGCUUCUUCAGGAGGGAGGCGCACGUAGCCUUCGCCACAGGCGAGACCGUGGACAUGACUCACGUGGUAAGGGGAGUGGACGCCAACGGGGCCCUGCUAGUGGACGUACAGCUAACAGGACACGUGCCUUAUCUGCCUCCGGGCUCCCUUAUCACUCUCCAGCCCUACAAUGAGGACUACGUUCAGACUGGCGGUGGUUCAGUCUUCGCCACUUCGACCCGCACCUUCACCCUGGACGGCUACCACCUCCCAUACGCCUGGAACCAGACUAUUUCGUACGACGCUGAGCUCGGGAUGCAGCCUUACCUCGUGCAGACCCUUCAUGCUGCUGGUCUAGGGUCUGCGUACAGAACGAGCCAGGCCGAGUUGGACGUGAUCGUGUCAGCCUCCAUCUCUCCGGCGUCGAACAGCGGCACUUGUCCCUCCGGCUUCACCCUCGACUCGUCAGGCCCUUACUGCCGCGACAACGACGAGUGCCUGGCGUCCACGAGCCGCUGUUCCCACGGCUGCACCAACACCAUCGGGAGCUAUUCCUGCGACUGCAACCCUGGCUACACGCUGGGUCCUGAUGGAUACACGUGCCAAGACGUAGACGAGUGUUCAAUGGCCGGAGUCUGCGGGCCGCUCGAGAACUGUGCUAACACCCCAGGCUCUUACACCUGCACAUACAACUGCCGCCCUGGACUCAAGAGGACUGCCUCGGGUACAUCGUGUGAAGACAUAAACGAAUGCACGGAGACGCCAGGAGUGUGUGACCAGACGUGCCUCAACCUCAUCGGGGGAUAUAGGUGCGACUGCAGGAGGGGAUUCAGGCUCGUGGGCCAGAGUCGCUGCGUCGACAUUGACGAGUGUUCGCAGUUCCGAUCCCCGUGUACCCAUGGCUGUGAAAAUACCGUGGGUUCUUUCAGGUGCUCUUGUCCCGAAGGUCACAUGCUCUUGCCCAAUGGUCGCUGUAAAGAUAUCAACGAAUGUGCAACGUAUCAACACGACUGUCUGGAGGAGCAAGAGUGUCGGAACACGGAGGGAUCUUACAUUUGCAUAACACACUGUCCGAAUGGCCUCAAGAACGCAGACAACGGCACGUGCAAAGACAUAGACGAGUGUGCAGAGCAGAUAUCAGGAUGUCACUUUACCCAGACCUGCUCAAACACUUGGGGGUCUUACCACUGCACUUGCCCCAGGGGUUUCAGCUCGUCAGGACCAGGGCAGCCUUGUUUAGAUGUGAAUGAGUGCCUGGCCUCCCCCCCUCCGUGCAAGUACCAGUGCCACAAUCUGCGGGGAACAUACGAGUGCAUUUGCGGUCCUGGUGAACAGCGGCUGCCGGACGGGAAAUCCUGCGUUGGGCUUCAGUACCUGGAGGAGGAGGCCGGUCGGGUCGCCCUCCCGCCGCGUCGAACGAGACUCCGACCCGAGCCGGGCUAUCCGACCUCCGAGUUCCAGGAACGCCUCCUGCACGCCAUCUACAGCCGAAGGCGCUGUCGGGAGGGAUUUGAGCUCGAGGACGAUGAGUGUCGAGACGUCAACGAAUGCACGCUGCCAGAGAGAUGUCAACACAGGUGCGAGAAUACCAUCGGGAGUUUCAUGUGCUUGUGUCCCCCGGGGUAUCGACUUAAUGCAAACAGAAGAACGUGUGAUGAUAUUAACGAGUGCCGCGAGCAGGACGUGCAGUGUGGAAGAGACCAACUCUGCUUCAACCUCCGGGGUUCGUACAAGUGUGUGUCCGCGCCCUGCCCGCCCGAGUACCAGAGAGACCCAGCCACCGGCUCGUGCAUCCUGGACUGCCGGUGGGGUAAGAACAUCUGCCCCCCUGGCGUGACUUAUGCCCACAUCCUGGCAUUCAAGACGGCAUCUCUCCCAGCCGGAAUUCAGGCCUACCAGGAUCUUGUGCGUCUCAUGGCCUACGACCAGCAUGGCAGCCUCGUCCCGCAGACGCUGUUCAGUAUUAUCGAGAACGAAACAGGUGUCGCCUUCAGAAUUCGCUUGGAGGGUGGCAAAGGUAUACUGAGUACACUGGAUCCUCUUGCAGCAGGUCGAGAGUACAGGUCAGUAUCCCGCGUCCAGAAGGUCUUAGAUGUUAAAAAAAAAAAAAAAAAAAAAAAAAAAAAAAAAUCAGUGUGUAGCCACGACCCCAAGAUAGGCAUGUUUAUAGCCCGGUGACUUAUUUGCUACACA